UAUGGGGCACCGUACCCAGAUUUACGAACACGUUUUUAAUUUAUCUCAGCCUCGUUUGUGAACGCAAAACUACGAAAAAUGAACUUUACUAUACGCGCUGCAAGACAGGAUGACUGUAAGGACAUAUCUAGGAUGAUAAUGGAAUUGGCAAUUUAUGAAAAAAUGCCGGAUCAGGUGAAGAUCUCCCAUGAAGAGUUGGAGCGUGAUGGCUUUUCUUCCAAUCCGUUUUUCGAGUGCCUGGUUGCAGAAGUGCAUGAAGAAGAUAAGACUAAAGACGGGCACACCGUUGUUGGCUACGCCCUGUACUUUUACACAUACAGCACGUGGAAAGGACGGUCGGUAUUCAUGGAAGACCUGUAUGUGAUGCCUGAGUUCCGAGGAAAAGGCAUUGGAAAGGGUUUGAUGAGCAAAGUGGCUAAAGAGGGUAAGGAGAAGCAGUGUGCCAGACUGCAGCUGACCGUCCUGGACUGGAACACUCCAUCACUAGACUUCUAUGUUGCCAAAGGAGCUCAUGACCUGACCGCUAACGAAGGGUGGCAUUUUCUGCGAUUUGACGAGGAAGCUAUGGCCAACUUGGCCAAAGACGCUCCAUAAGCUUAGGGUCUUUUUCACAUCCUCCCGUGACAGUGUCUCUUGUUUUAUAGGCUAUGGAUUGGUAAAACAAAAGUUGGGAUACAAAUAAAUCGGUUUUAUCCAGUUUUGGAUA